AAAGAACUUUAAAUAAAGCAAGUAGCAACUAAGCUCAAGCUUUCAUCUUCUAAGGCUGGUACCACUCUCGUCGCCGACAAUUUCCAAGUCUCACUCUUCUCACCGUUGCUGUUUCUCUCUCUUCUUUUUCUUGUGUAAGCUUCUGCCCCUUCAUUUCCCACAAUUUCACAGUAUUUUUUCAAGUAUACUCGUAUUCUGCUUUGUUUGAAUACCUCCGCAUGCUCAGAUUGAGUCACUUUACAUGCUUGUGAUUUCCAAUGUCCGGUUUGAGCCAAUGUCUACUUGCAAUUUCUUACCUUUUAGAGUGGGAAUGAUAGCCGGAAUACAAAGAGUUUAAUAUCUCAGCUUUCCCUCUCAAUUAGGAAUUAUGUCUGUUUUUCUGGGCUAAUUACACGCGGGUUGCUAAACGGGUUAAGAACUACGCCAUGAUCGAGUAGAGUUAGGGCGUUUUUCACGAGUUAUGGAUUGUUCUGUCAAAACUCAGUUGUUUCUUCAGAUUGAGAAAAGGAAAUGGGUGAUCAUGGUGGGUUUGGUUGCUCUGACUCAUUUGUUUUGCCAAUCUUUGAUGCUUCCGUAUGGGAACGCGCUGCUGUCUCUGUUUCCCAGUGGAAAGAGUAAAAACCUUCUUAUGGCUAACCCAUCACAUAAUGAUUCUUCUGUUAAGACUUUGAUUGAUGACAACCAUACUAUUGCUGGUGUGUUGGAUAUGGAUAAUGAUCAGUCUCUAUUUGUUAGAGGAGUGAAGAGCACAAAAACUUACAACGUGCACGUAAAUGCUGAAGAUGACAAGGGUUCUAUGGAGAAGAAAGAAAAAGAAAACAUGGAUUCUGAUGUCGUUGGUAAUGGCAUGGAUGAUGAUGUUGAUUUUGUCGAUGACGACACCUUAGAUGAUGUGGAUGUAGACUUAGAAGAUGGCUUUACAGUGGAAAACAGCACUCAGCUUGGAAAGGCAAGUUCUGGAGUUGUCUUAGAGUCUAAAACAAGUGAGAUUCAAGAGAAGAAUGUAACGGACGGGUCUGUGAUUUUGCCAACUCUGGUUGUCUCAUCGGAUAAACCAUCGUUGAUUGGUUCUGUUGUUGGGGAAAAACCAGAAUCAGAAACAAGCAUUUCUGAUGGUUCUAGCAUGCAUAUAUCUCUCAGUGAAAGCAAGGACGUUUCUGUUUUUCGCAACAACGGCUCCUCAGUGCCAAAUAAGCCUGCUAAAAAGAAGAUGAGGUGUGACAUGCCACCUAAAACUGUAACACCUAUAAAUGAGAUGGAACGUUUGUUAGUCAGGCAUCGUGCUCGUUCACGUGCAAUGAGACCAAGAUGGUCUUCUGAGCGUGACCAGGAAAUUUUAGCAGCAAAGAGGAGGAUUGAAAGUGCUCCCUUCUUGAAGAAUGAUCGGGAAUUGCACGCUCCUCUAUUUCGAAAUAUCUCUAUGUUCAAAAGGAGCUAUGAACUCAUGGAACGUGUACUAAAGAUAUAUGUAUACAAGGAAGGUGAAAAGCCCAUAUUUCAUCAACCGAUACUGAAAGGACUAUAUGCAUCUGAGGGAUGGUUUAUGAAACUAAUGGAACAGAGGAAUAAUCGUUUUGUUGUGAAAGAUCCUAGGAAGGCUCAUCUGUUCUACAUGCCAUUCAGUUCGCGGAUGCUAGAAUACACACUUUAUGUGCGUAAUUCCCACAACCGGACCAAUUUAAGACAGCACUUGAAGGAUUAUUCAGAAAAGAUUGCAGCAAAGUAUCGUUUCUGGAACAGAACAGGUGGAGCAGACCAUUUUCUUGUUGCCUGCCAUGACUGGGCUCCAUACGAGACAAGACACCAUAUGGAACAUUGCAUUAAAGCCCUUUGUAAUGCUGAUGUAACGAUGGGCUUCAAGAUAGGACGUGAUGUUUCCCUUCCAGAAACAUAUGUCCGAUCUGCCAGAAACCCGCUUAGAGAUCUCGGAGGAAAGCCACCAUCACAGAGGUACACUCUCGCCUUCUAUGCAGGGAGCCUACACGGCUAUCUUCGUCCAAUCUUGCUUAAGUACUGGAAAGACAAGGAGCCUGAUAUGAAAAUACUUGGUCAAAUGCCCCCCGGUGUCCCCAGCAAAAUGAACUACAUUGAUCAAAUGAAAAGCAGUAAAUACUGCAUUUGCCCAAAGGGGUAUGAAGUCAACAGCCCAAGGAUAGUUGAGGCCAUCUUUUACGAGUGUGUGCCGGUCAUAAUAUCUGAUAACUUUGUGCCUCCGUUCUUCGAGGUCUUCAACUGGGACGCGUUCUCAGUGAUUAUUGCGGAAAAGGAGAUCCCAAACUUGAGAGAAAUACUUGUCUCCAUCCCGGAGAAGAAGUAUCUCAACAUGCAACUCAAUGUCCGCAAAGUUCAGAAGCAUUUCCUGUGGCAUGCUAAUCCCAUCAAGUACGACCUCUUCCACAUGACCCUUCAUUCGAUCUGGUACAAUCGAGUUUUUCAGAUCAAGUCAAGGUACUAAUGUAAGAGGCACUCUCCCGUGCAACUGGUUUCUGAAUGACACUUCUUCAACAUACAAAUGCCACGUUGCUUGGCCUUCCAGUAGCAGAACUCAUAUUAUUUUCAUUGAUGAGUUGUCUGCAAUAGCAUGAGAUGGUGGAAGAAAUGCCACGGUCCCUCAUUUAGUAUGUGCUCUCUAUCUGCUUCUGUGUCCAAUGCUAGAGCGAAGAUGUUUGAGGGUAAGGAUGCGAGAGUCGAGGGUGGCGUCCCAUCUUGAUUUUGAGGCCAACCGCAAUGCCGUGGAAUUUCUUAAAAGCUGCCCCCAAUUUCUACCACCUCUUCCUCCGCCACCACCACUAUUUCUUCUAUUUCCUCCUCAUUCUCUCUUACACAGCUCCUUCUCCAGUUCUCCCCUCUCCGCUGCCAACACCGAGGUCGCGCUACUGAUCUUUUCAUGGCUCAACUCUUCUUCUUCUUCUUCUUCGGCGACGACAUUCUCAAACCGGAACCCUCACGAUUCCGACCCCUGCAAAUGGCCAUUCAUUUCAUGCUCGUCCAAUAAUUUUGUGGCGGAGAUUAAUAUCCAGUCUCUCCACCUCGCCCUUCGUCGGCCGCAUCGUCGGUCACAGCAUGGUCUUCCUCACUACACUAUUUUGGCCCGGAUACCAAUGAAAAUUUUCGUCAAUAAACCCAAAAAAUCCGUUGGUAAAACGAAUCACCGAAGGACGUCGACGAUAACAUAUACGUCGGUAAAUUAAUUACCGACGGAUUUUUACGGCCGUCGGUGAUCAGGCCUCAUCGACGGAUACUCCCUCGUUUUAGCUACUAACAUCGCCGGAGUUGGUUGGCCAGUAAUUUUUUUUUAAAAAUGCCCUAUUAUUUUUUCCUGCUUCUCCCUCUGCCUUCUUUGCUCCCCUCUAAUACCGUAAUAUAACUAAAGCAUAUUAAAUAGCUCGAACUGAACAAUUAGACUAAAAAAGAAACCUAAACUUUUAGUGUGCUAUUAGCUCAUAAGAAAUUAAAUAUUACAAACGGUGUCAGACGGCCGUCACAUGGAGGGGACUUAAUUGCACCCAAAUUGAAACCCGUCACAUGGAGGGGACUUAAUUGCACCCAAAUUGAAACAUGUGGGCAUGAUUGAUCGACUAUAUGAGUGUCUAUGAUAGGGGCUAAAUUACUACUUUUUCUAAUAAUAAUAAUAAUAAUAAUAAUGGCCACGACCUUAAGCUAUAAAAAACAUAAGUUAUUUGUAAUAUGCUUGAAUUAAAUUGACGGUUAAGUUGGAAUUUAGCAUGAUUAGGUUUUAGGGCAGUAGAAAUAAUUGUGAAUGAUUAGGUUGUAGGGUUUAAUUUAUGGAAAUUUUGUUGUUACUUUUGUGGUGUGUCGAUUUCUGUUGUGAUGUAUUUCGCAUUAUAGAUUGUGCGAUGCAAAUGAGGAGAACAAUUUAAAAAAAAAAUGAGGGAGAAAGGUUGUUCUUUAAUUGCUGCAACAGAGUGGAGUUUUCCAAUUGGUAUUUGCUAACACGAUGAGCAGAGCAAGCUAGAUUACAGGACUACUUUUUCUAUUGGAGCUGACUCAGUCCUCUCGAUUCUUAAAAUUUGAUUUGCUUUAUAUUUCCUUAUUUAAACUAAGUUUUUUAUUUAAUUAGAUUUUUGGUAAAGAAAUAAGAAUACAAUUCUGUGUAAAGGCAAAUUAAUAAUUAUUUGGUGUAAUUUUUGUUAU